AUGGCUGGUGAUAGCUCUGAGCCCACCGGUGUCCUCAAAGAGCGGCUCAGGAAGCUCAGCAAGGCCCAGCUCGAGUCGAGAGACGUAUUUGGGCGGGCGCUAAUCCAUCUGGUUUGUUUACUGGGACGCUUUGACCUGCUUGAGUCGCUGUUGGCCAACCCACAGUGCUCUGCUACGCUCACAGACCGGGAGAACCUGUGGACAGGUCUUCACUAUGCGAUAUUCUAUGGGAGACUGAGUUGUGCGCGUCUCUUGGUGCAUCAUAACAGCGACCUGGUGAAGGUUAAGGAUCGCAAUGGGCUCACGGCAAUGGACAUAUACCACUUACAGUAUUCGCAGAGAAACCUGAGGAUCUGGCCACAGAGUAUUGGCAAGCACGAUACCAACUUUGUGCAGAGGUUUCCGGAUGUGAAGUGCGAGGAUCCACUGAUAUGGUGGGAUAAGGAUACACGUGGUGGGUCAGAUAUCUUCACGAUGGGAGUGAAUGUGAACUACCAGCUAGCCACUGGAGAUGCUGACGAUCGGUUGAAAACACCGUUUAAGAUCGAAGUACCCAAUUUUAGACUACGGAAUGAAUCCCUGGGCAUAGCAGAUCGACUUGUGAAGCCACGGAUCAAAGAGUUUGCGAUAUCGAAGAACCACUCAGUCGUUCUCACAAACGAGCCGUAUAACAACGUGCUUGUUGCGGGAAAUGCCUCCAGGGGUCGCUUGGGGACAGGGAAUUCUAUACCACAGUAUAAGCUCACACAGCUGAACUACUUUGAGGAUGAGCAUAUCCGGUCGGUCGUUGUUAGCGAUGACCAUUCUUUGGUGCUGACAUCCAACGGCCAUGUAUACUCCUGGGGUUUGAAUAACUUCUAUCAGCUUGGCUACCCCACUGAGAUUGUAAGGAGUAAACCUGACACCUUUGGUGAUACUCCGAAACGAGUCGUUAAUGGAUUGAAAAGGAUUAAAGUAAAGGGGAUUGCAUGCUCAAAGAUUCACAGUUGUGCGUAUUCCGAAAGAUCACUCAUUGUUUGGGGGCUGAACGUUGGUCAAAUGGACAUUGUAAGCACGGGGGAAACAGUAUAUCAUGGGAAAUUGAAGGGAAUAGUACAGCAUCCAAGGGUUGUUGAAUUCCCAAACGUUAUAAAACAGGUACUAGCUACGGAAGAGGCAACAUUUGUUCUACUGGAAUCCGACGAGUGUCAUAUUCUCACGCACGGUAAUAAAAUCAGAUUCCAGAUUCCUCUAUUCAAGGCAUUCAAUGAUGAGUUUAAGUUCUUUAGACCCACAGGGCUCUCUAGGAAGAGAUCAAUUGUUAAACUUGUUGGUAAGAAUUCAUGUCAUGUUGCAAUUCUUUACGAUGAUGGAAGUGUUUCGAGCUUUGGAGUGGAUGAGUUCUCUAAAAGCUCAAAUAUCAAGACAUCUGAAGUCUGGACACCUAGAAACAGUCACCUGAAGUGUACAGAUGUUGACAUUGGAUCUGAUGGGUCUGUCAUCAUCGUGGUGAAGUCGGGAUGCUGUUAUAAACGAGUGUACCGUAAGAACAAGAUCGAUUUCAAAUUCACCAAAAUUGAACGUCUCUCAAAAAUUGUCAAGGUGUUCUGCGACUCUCUGUUCACAUCUUUUGGAUUUAUUAAAGACGAUGUCGAUCAACUACCACUUGAGCUAUUCAAAAAUAGAUUCCUUAUUGAUAUCGGCCAUCUUUCACCACUGCGUGCAUGUGUCUCUGGUAGAAGACGUUCUGAACUUAUCAGCCCAGAUACAUACGAAAGCUACACGAUAAAUUUCCUAAACAAGCCAGAGUAUGAAUCCCUAGAAGGUGGCUCCAAUGAUUUCCAGAAAGCAGCUGAGGAAUCCAAUGAUGGGGAACAAACGCCGGGUGACUUACUGUACAAAUGUUACAAAGAUAGAUGGACUAUGACACAAACUAUUGAUAACACUUUCCAACAAAUUGACACAGAACACCUUAUGCAUUUGAGCCAUUGUGAUAUGAAACUGUUUAGUACAUGUUUCGAUAAUGACAAAGGAUAUGAUCUGUUCUUUGAUGUUGGUGGUGAUAUUUUUGGGGUACAUAAAGGACUUUUAUUCCUCAUUGAAAAGUUUGGCGAUAUCGAAAAUGAAGACCUGUUGAUUGAGGAUUUCAGAUUUCAGAAGGUUGAUAAACGCAGUGUUAUUCAAGUGGAAAACCUUGAACCUUUGACUUUGUUGAUAAUGCUCAAUGUCCUGUACACAGGUGAAUACUUGAAACCUUGGGAGGAUUCAGAGGAAGUAUCACCAUUAAUGAAAAAAGUGAAGCAUGAAACUCGUGUAUUGUUGGAGAAUAUAAGGCUCACAGACUCUCUGAAUAGAUUGACUUAUGACAUACAUACAGCUCUAAGCAAUCACAGUCUUAUUGUCAAUGAUGUGUCGAUAAAACUAAGGGAUAACCACACUGUGUAUUGUUGGUCGACAGUUCUGAAAGCGAGAAGUGCAUAUUUCGAAACGUUGUUCUCCGAAAGAUGGGACUCCAAUACUGCACUUGAGUUCACUCACAUUGGUAAAGAUGUUUUUGAUGUCGUUUUGGAUUAUAUCUACGGUGCCGAACAGUUAACACUUCUCGAUGAUAAGAAAUACACUGUUGCAGCAGACUUUAUAAACUUUUGUUUCGAAAUUAUCGAAGUCAGCGAUGAACUUUUACUAUUCGGGUUGAAAGAUUUCGCACAACUGAUGAUUAAGGACUUUAUCGACUCAGAUAAUGUCUUGUUGAUUCUGCAUCAUGCAGAACUUCUUGAUUGUCAGAAGCUGGUAGGUGAAUGUCUAUGGUUCAUCUAUAACAAUGUUGAUCACCAUAUCAAUGAUAUGAACUAUGGGCUUUUGAAUAAGUCUACAAUCAUCAGAAUUGACAAGUACUGCAGAUGGUUACAAAGAGUCAACAAAUAUGUUCAUGCUGACGUUCAAGCACAUUGGUAUGACAGAGACAGUGAUGAACUUCUAAAACAAUUUCUCGAUUCUAGAAGGGAUUUCAAUGAUAUAUUCCUAACCUAUGAUGAUUUCGUCCCACUUUUUGAUGAACCAGAGAAAAAAGUUGUUGUCAAAUCGCCAAAACUGGCACCGAAGAAGACCAAAGAGCAUGUGGCUGUUCCUGAGGCAGAUUGCACACCUCAUAGAGCAAGCAGUACUUCAACUCCUAUUUCAACAAAGAGUUUUGCGGACUACUUGAGGAAAUCAGCUGCAAUGGCACAGGACAGCACUGCUAUUGAGUUCGUUGAGGAUGAUUUCCAGCCGGUGAUAAAUCGUCGUCGGAAAUCAUCUGCUAGUCGCAGAUCAUCCUCCUCUUCACCUUCUGUUUCCAUCACAACGUCUAGCUCUAGAGGCAAUGGUACAAUUUCCACUCCGUCAAGGAUUGUUGGGACUUCACCAAAGAACAUUCCAAUUGUUAAAGGAGGACAUUCCAAGCAACCCGGUGAUAGUGCAUGGCCUAAUUACAGCGCUGUGAGUUCUAAAUCAGUUGGUACACCUUCAAGUUGGUCAUCACCUUUAUCAAUUCCUAGUUCUCCAUGCAGUAACUCUGCGUGGUUGCCACUCGAUACUGAGAAUGGUCUCAGUAACUCUGCUAAUACACCAAAAGUUAAUUUCUCCAGCAAGAGGCUUUCUCAAAAAGAACGCAAAAAGCUGAUGAAACAACAAGAGGAUAAAACCAUCACUACCCCAUCCAAAUCUCACUCACCAUGGAAUAUCCCCAGUGCAAGUUCUUCAUCGUCAUUGACUCUUUCAAUAUCGGAAGCCAGGGAAGAGGCUCUUAGCACUACCACUCCUUCGUUAAAGGGGAUCAUCCAUGAAGAGCAGCACAAGGUUGUUGAGGCUAAGCGUACGCCUGUGAAGUCGUUGGUUGAAAUUCAACAGGAAGAAGAAUUUGCCCAAUGGUGGGAGGAAGAAAGCCGUCGUGUACAAGAGGAAAUGGCACAGAUGAACAUGAAUAAUAACAGUCAUAAUGGGCAAGCCGAUAACAAGCGCAAGCAUAAGAAACGGGUCAACAGCAACAACAACAACAACACCAGACGUUAUCGAAAGCAAUCAGUCCCAUAG